AUGCACAGCAUUAAAUCUGAUACUGGAAAAAAAAUUUUCUUAAAUGCUCCUGCAGGAACAGGAAAAACUUUUCUUAUAAACUUGCUUUUGACAAAAGUAAGGAGCAAUCGUAGUAUUGCUUUGGCUGUUGCAUCUUCUGGCAUUGCUGCUAUGCUUUUGGAGGGGGGGAGGACGGCCCACUCAGCAUUCAAACAGCCUCUCGAUCUCAUUAGCAUAGAAACGCCAAUAUGUAAUAUACCAAAACAAAGUAAUAUAGCCAAAGUGUUUCGCAAUUCUAAGUUUAUUGUUUGGGAUGAAAGCACUAUGGCGCAUAAAAGAGGUUUUGAGGCACUUGAUAGAUCUCUUAAAGAUAUAAGAAAUAAAAAUGAAGUGAUGGGAGAAGUAACUGUUCUUUUAACUGGAGACUUUAGGCAAACUCUACCAGUUAUACCAAGAGGAAGUCGAGCAGAUGAAGUUAAGGCUAAGUAA